GUGACGUGGGAGCCUCCGCUGGCACACUCCGGGUUUAAUUGGAGACGGAGAGACGAUGCAUGGGGAUGUUCGAGGCCCCUCCCUCCACUCGCAUCAGACCCCCAGGGAGCGUGCGCCGCCUGCCACCCAGCGCGACCUCGCGUCCAACCCACUUGCACCCCAAACCCGGACCCGUGAGAAUCCCCGGACAGAGCGCUGGGCCCGGAGCAGGUGACAUGUAGGGUCACCUGCUGGUCCAGCCUAGGAACCUCGGCAGACUCCUUGCCUGGAAAGUUUGGAACUGGGCGCCAUGGCCAAGAGCGGCUCUCUGAGUAUCCGCGUGGUGGAGGGACGGGCGCUGCCAGCCAAGGAUGUGUCUGGGAGCAGUGACCCCUACUGCCUGGUGAAAGUGGAUGACGAGGUGGUAGCCAGGACAGCGACCAUCUGGAGGAGCCUGAGCCCCUUUUGGGGGGAGGAGUACACAGUGCACCUGCCGCUGGACUUCCACCACCUGGCCGUCUACGUGCUGGACGAGGACACUGUUGGACACGAUGACAUCAUUGGGAAGAUCUCCCUGAGCAAGGAGGCAAUCACAGCCGACCCUCGAGGGAUCGACAGCUGGAUCAACCUGAGCCGAGUGGACCCAGACGCUGAGGUGCAGGGUGAAGUCUGCUUGGCGGUGCAGCUGCUGGAGGAUGCUCGGGGCCGGUGCCUGCGCUGCCACGUGAGACAGGCCAGGAACCUGGCCCCCCGGGACAUCUCUGGCACAUCGGACCCUUUCGCACGCGUGUUCUGGGGCAGCCACAGUUUGGAAACGUCGACCAUCAAGAAGACGCGCUUCCCACACUGGGAUGAGGUGCUGGAGCUGCGGGAGGCCCCAGGAACCAUUUCCCCAUUGCGAGUGGAACUCUGGGAUUGGGACAUGGUGGGCAAGAAUGACUUCCUGGGCAUGGUGGAAUUCACACCACAGACCCUCCAGCAGAGGCCACCCAACGGCUGGUUCCGCCUCCUGCCCUUUCCUAGAGCUGAGGAUUCUGGGGGGAGUCUGGGGGCCCUGAGGCUGAAGGUGCGUCUCACCGAGGACCGUGUCCUGCCUUCCCAAUACUACCAGCCUCUCAUGGAACUGCUUCUGGAGUCGGUGCAAGGGCCAGCCGAGGAGGACACCACCAGCCCCCUGGCUGUGCUAGAGUUGCUGGCCUCUGGGGACUGUCGUCAGGACCUUGCCACCAAGCUGGUGAAGCUGUUCCUGGGCCGGGGCCUGGCCGGACCCUUUCUAGACUACCUCACAAGGCGUGAGGUGGCCCGAACCAAUGACCCCAACACCUUAUUCCGUUCUAACUCCUUGGCAUCCAAAUCUGUGGAACAGUUCAUGAAGCUCGUGGGCAUGCGCUACCUGCACGAGGUCCUGAGGCCAGUGAUCAGCCGCGUCUUCGAGGAGAAGAAAUAUAUGGAAUUGGACCCUUCCAAAAUGGACCUGAAUCGCUCCCGGAGGAUCUCCUUCAAGGGCACACCCACAGAGGAGCAGGUGCGGGAGACCAGCCUGGGGCUGCUGACCGGAUACCUGGGGUCCAUCGUGGAUGCCAUUGUGAGCUCUGCAGGGCGCUGUCCUCUUGCCCUGCGCCUGGCAUUUAAGCAGCUCCAGCGGUGUGUGGAGAGGCGCUUCCCCGGGGUGGAGCAUCAGGACGUGAAGUACCUGGCCACCAGCGGCUUUCUCUUUCUGAGGUUCUUCGCGCCUGCCAUCCUCACACCGAAGCUGUUCGACCUCAGAGAUCAUCAUGCAGACCCCCAGACCAGCCGCUCCCUGCUGCUGCUCGCCAAGGCUGUGCAGAGCAUUGGAAACCUGGGCCAGCAGCUGGGCCAGGGCAAGGAGCAGUGGCUGGCCCCCCUCCACCCCUUCCUGCUUCAGAGCAUCUCACGUGUGAGGGACUUCCUGGACCAGCUGGUCGAUGUGGAUGGGGAUGAGGAGGCUGGGGGUCCAGCCUGCGCCCUGGUCCAUCCCUCGACGAUUGUUCGAGAAGGCUUCCUGCUGAAGCGCAAGGAGGAGCCCGCAGGCCUGGCCACACGCUUUGCCUUCAAGAAGCGCUACUUCCGGCUGAGUGGGCAGGACCUCUCCUACUCCAAGACUCCGGAGUGGCAGGUUCACUCCUCCAUCCCGCUGUCCUGCAUCUGCGCCGUGGAGCGUGUGGACGAGGGUGCCUUCCAACUACCACACGUCAUGCAGGUGGUGACGCAGGAUGGCACCGGGGCGCCACACACCACCUACCUCCAGUGCAAGAAUGUGAAUGACCUCAACCAAUGGCUGUCGGCCCUGCGCAAAGCCAGCGCCCCGAACCAGGACAAGCUGGCUGCUUGCCACCCUGGUGCCUUCCGCAGCGGGCGCUGGACCUGCUGCCUCCAGGCGGAGCGCUCAGCUGCUGGCUGCAGCCGCACCCACUCAGCAGUCACCCUGGGAGACUGGAGUGAUCCACUGGAUCCUGACGCUGAGGCCCAGGCGGUAUAUCGCCAGCUGCUCCUGGGGCGGGACCAGCUCAGGCUGAAAUUGCUGGAGGACUGUGGCCUGGACACAGCUCCAGAGGUGGACCCUGAGAAGGACUCCGGUGCCGCGGACGGAGCCUGUGCUGAGGUUCUGGCCCAGCAGAGGGCAGCCAUCACCCAUCUGCUGCAGGUUCUUGAAGACUUGGAGCAAGCCCACGAGGAGUUUCAGAAACGCGGGCAGGGCCAAGCGGCGCUCUAGAAUGCUGCCUGCUGAGGAGGCGCCAGAGGCGGUUGUGGACAGGAGCCAUGGGGUCUCCCUCAGCACACUCUGGCUCAGGCAUCUCCCCAAGGUUGCCUUCUUCACUGCUCGGAGCCUCUCGGACGAACCCUGGUCCUGCGUGUCCCGUGGCCAGCCAGGGCAGAGGAGCCUUUGGUGGGGGUCUGGAGUCUCUGCUUCACUGGAUACAUCUCUUCCAAUACAUAUGGCACACAGCUCACCCCGAGCUGCUGGACACAGCUGUACCUGAAGGCCAGCCCUGGCUGACUCAGAAAAGGCUCGGCUGGCCAGGAGUGUUCAGUUUUCACUCGCGUGAGUUCCUGUGACCCCACAGAGCCUUCUGUGCCCCACUCUUAUCUGGCAUCCCCAACUCAGGUUCCUGUUCUCAGAAGAACCGGCCGGGAGCCCAGCAUGCCAAUUCAGACCUUGAAGUUGGAUAGAGGCUCCUUCUCCCUCUUUGAGCCUCAGUUUACCCUGUAUAAAGUGACAAGUGAGUGUGCUUCACCGUGAAGUGUUAAAAUCGGGGUAUUUGGGGGGCCAGCUGAGAAGCUUCUUAGCUAGAAAUACAGGUUCCCAGGCUACACCCAGCCACUGAAUACAUCUGAGGGUUUUUUGGGGGGGGGAGGAGGGCAAGCAUCUGAGUGCUGGGGCUCACAGGUCCUGUAGGCUUGGAGUACGAUUUGAAAUGUUUGGGGACACUCCGUUGGCAGAGCUGGAGGACUUUUUACUUUCUCUAAAGAGAGCUCUGGACAGAAAACACUCAAGUCGGCCGGCCUGGAUAAAGAACACCAGGAAAGGCACCGUGCUAUCCCGCAUGUGGCCAGCAAGGGUCGCCUGGAGCCGGGGCACCUCCCACUGGCUCCGGUACACCUAUGCUGCCAGAGGCUUCUGUAGGAGGGACGCUUUCUCCCUGCUCCUUGUCUCCCAGUUCUUCUGUGUCCUCCUGGGAGGCCGCAUGCUGAGCUCCAUCAUUCUUAUCACUAUGGAGAGUGGUGUGUGUGUGUGUGUGUGUGUGUGAGAGAGAGAGAGAGAGAGAGAGAGAGAGAGACUUCUGAAUCCUUGGGGACUAGGAGAGUCCCACCUCCUUCUCUCAUGCUAGGAGACAGGACAGUUACAAGGCCCACCCGCUGCUUCUCCCGCAGCCCUGGGCAGUGGUCCUAUGGCUGCUAUGGUCUCCUAAGCCAUCAUUUCCCAGGUUCCGCAGGGGUACGUCAGUCAGCACCGUCUUGGCAGAAAAAGGCCUGACAAGGAGAAAGACCAUUUAUUUCUCCACCCACAGUGGGACUGGUAGAAUUUUUUUUUCUUCCAAAAGAGCAAUCGCUGGCGUCCCUUUAAAGCUUGGCUAACUUCCAUCACAACAGCCAAUCCUCAGAGGCGGAGCUGGUGAGUUGCCUGGGCAACAGGCCUCUGGUUGGCCGGACACAUCAGCCGCCCACUGCCCACUUCCAAGCAGGGAGAAGUUAAUGAAGUUAACGCCUUGCCUGCUGCCCUCCCGUUUUUGUUUUUGUUUUUUUCAACGCGUGGAGCCUGAACAAGGCCUCCCCUCGCUCCUAAAGCCAGAAGCUAUGGCUUUUGGGUCUCAAUGUCCGGAGCGGUUUGGGGGGGCGGGGGAGAAGCCAACUCAGAGGCGAGAACGACGCCUUUGCUUGGGGUAGACAGAGGUCUAGAGAUGGGCACAGGAGGAAGAAGACAGGGCGCCAGCAAGAUAAACAGACACAAAGCACAGGAUAAGGUAGCCUCGUCCCCCGUGGCCUGCGAAAAGCUACUCAGUAACCUGGGAUUUCUACCCCAUUGGCUUUGCAGUGCUCAGGGGCAGGUGGGGGCGCUGACAUGGGUUAAGGGGCGUGGCUCAGGGGCAUACUGGCCCCUAGAAGCCUUACAGACUCCCCACUCUCCCGUGCCUGACCCAAGUCCUGGGAAGGGAACGAGCCUAUACGGAUGUAAUGGAGACACAGGUAGAAUCCACACGAUGUGGCAUGAGGGCCUUUCUGUCUCUCUUCCCCCCCAAGUUGGGAGAAGUCAGAGGCACGUGGGUGUACGUGCGUGAGUGCGUGCGUGCAACAGGACACAUGUGUGUGUGUGGUGUGAGGGGCAAAACUCCCACCUUUUCCAUAGGGAGGCGGCCCUUGCCUAUCACUGCUGCCCUUGCCGGAAGCCACAGGUUGAAGCCAGCUGGCCUGAUGGCCUGGCAUCACCCCUCACAGCCACCCUCCAGAUCCUCUCAGCACUUCCGGCUCCUCCCGCCCAGUGGAGGGAAGCAUGUGCCGGGCUAGGGGCAAAGCAAGAGGGAAGGCAGGCGACUCAGGCCUCAGAUACACCCUGGGCGGUGAGCUCAGCUAGCACGUUGUCUAGGUAGCUGGCAUCAGGGUAGCCAUGGCCGGUGAGGUUGGAGCCAAACUCCGUCUUGUGGUGGAUCUCAUUCCACACCACCGUGUCGGACUCGCCCGUGGUACUGGAUGUUCCGAUGGUGAAGAUGAGUCUGCGCUCCCAAGCCGUGAUGAGCAACCGCAGCACCUGCAGCAGCCAGGGUGAACAGCACAGGCAGCCUGAGCUGUGGCCUGCUCCAGUACCACCCACUGCUUACAAUCCUGUUUUCUUCUGGGCCUAGACCCCACUCUUUGUACCGAAUAGUCCCUUUGUAAAUUAGUUCCCAUCGUUAAAAAUCCAGAGAUUCCACAGGAAAGAUUUGAAGGUGCUGCUACCUUCUUUGGUUAAGCAGUUAAGUAAAAUCAAACAACCUAAGCAUGAA